AUGGCUGUUCUAACUUCCUUCGCUACAUUUUGCGUUAAGAAGGUUAACAAAAUGAGGCUCGCUGAGUACAUUGAAGCAAUGAGUGGUGUGAAGUUUUGGUCACAAGUUCUUAGAACUUCUAUCCUGUUCAUCUUUUCUCUUUUGUCUUGA